ACGCGUCUGGGGUGAUGUCACUUACUACUAGGAGGUGGGAUUUAUGCCGUGCAUGUAUGUGUGUUGGUGGGGGGGUGUUUUCAGUGUAGCGCCGCCUCCUCCCUCCCUUCCUCACUGCAGCAGCCCGCCGAAAGAGAAAAGAAAGAGACUUGUUUUCCUGCACUUUGCGGUUCAGCAUCAUUUUCCCAGCGCCCUUGCAAGCGCUCAUGUUUGCCCUUUCUCAGCCGGCGGCGGCAGUGCCGCCACGCAGACGAUCCUGCUACCUUUGUGACCUUCCCCGCAUGUCGUGGGCCAUGAUCUGGGACUUUGGCGAGCCCGUGUGCCGCGGCUGCGUCAACUACGAGGGCGCCGACCGCAUCGACUUUGCCAUCGAGACCGCACGCCACCUCAGGCGGACUCAAGGACUACGGGAGAGCAGAAACAGCAAGGAGGUCCAGCGUCCGCCCCCUUUCGGGGACGCGCGGGUUAGGUCGGACUACCGGGGCGGGCCGCCCGACGGGUUCAAAUCGGACGAGGGGCCGCCUGAGCUCAACCGUCAAAGCCCCGACUCUGGGAAUAAGAGUCACGGGGGUCCGCCCGAUUUACCACCCCGGACGCCUCCGGGCGGAACUGCGGAGCCAGACCGAGAGACGAAAGACAAGCAAAGGAACGCAGAAACGCUGAGCGAGCUAAGCGAAAGCCUCCGGAACCGGCGGGAGGACUGGUCGGGCAAGCCCGAGACUGUUAGGAGCACCCUGCUGGCCCUGUCGGGUUGCGCCCCCUUCCGGGUCCGCUUCAAGAAGGACCACGGUCUGGUGGGCCGCGUCUUCGCCUUCGACGCCGCAUCCAAAUCGGGCGCCGAAUACGAGCUCAAGAUGUUUAUCGAGUACCCGGCCGGCUCUGGCAAUGUCUUCUCCAGUGCUUCUGGGGCUGCCAAGCAGAUGCACCGGGACUGCGCCAAAGACCCUGGUCGGGGGUUGUCGUCGGGGUUCAAGUACUUGGAGUAUGAAAAGAAGCACGGUUCCGGGGACUGGAGGCUUCUGGGAGAUUUGUUACCGGAACCUUUGCGGGUCUUUAGGGAACGCGUGAGUGGGGACGCGCUCCCGCAGCCCCAUGUGGACGGGGCCCACCCGCCGCCACCCUCCCCCCGGCCCCCGAGUGGUUCCAGGAAGAGGAAGCCGUCCCCGGAACGGCGACGGCUCUGUGAUCGGGCCGAGGACGCGAAACGCUCCGCCCCACCCGAGUCCCCCACGCCGUCCCCUGACAAGGAUGAUAGAACGGCGUCCCCCGCGGCAGCUGGCGGGUCGCUGUGCUGCACGCUCUGUCACGAGCGGUUGGAGGACACGCACUUUGUCCAGUGCCCGUCCGCCACCCACCACAAAUUUUGCUUCCCAUGCUCGCGGGACAGCAUCGAGGCCCAGGGAGGCGCCGCGGAGGUGUACUGCCCCAGCGGGGACAAGUGCCCCCUGCUGGGCUCUGACGUACCCUGGGCCUUCAUGCAGGGAGAGAUCGCCACUAUCUUGGCAGGCGAUGUCAAAGUCAAGAAGGAGAGGGACCCUUGAGGUCGUGACCUUCGGCGCAGUCAACUCAUUGGCUGCUGUUGGUGGCGACAGACAUCCAAUUCCUUAAAACCUGAAUGGAUGGAAUUUACUUUUUUUUUUUUGUAUUAUUAUUAUUUUUAUUCAUGUAAAAAAAACUUUAUAAUCUCCUCUUUAUAAACUGAAAUUUAUUCAUUUUUUAGAUUUAUUUUUUAAGAAAAACCCAGAGGAAUACAAUAUAGAAUAAAUUUUCUUUUUUGAUCGAACGAUUGCAGCCACCCCUACCAUUCAGAAUAGUUUGGUCGCCUAGUGCUCUCAAUGGCAGCCAAUAAGUUAGUAGUCAGUGCCGUUGAUGAGGAUAGAAAAUAAAAUUGUGUUUUUUUUCCCCCAACUCAUUCACUGCCAUUGACUAUGAUAGACGUCUAAUCCAUUUGACCUGGGUGGGAUGGCAGCCAUUGUUUGAUUGCUGACACCCCCUCAUUGAUGGCAAUACACAUUCAAUCCAUCUGGACAAUUUAAACAAACAUAUUAAAAGGGAAACAUUUCUGAUUAACUCAUUGAUGAUGGGUGACGUCCAAUACAUUUGGACAAUUAAAACAAAUGUUUUUGUAUUUUUUCAUUGCAGGUUUGUUUUAUUAUUUAAAAAAAAAAAGAUCUGUAUAGAUUAUUUAUUUAUAUAUUUAUUCAUUUAGGUGGUGGUGAUUGCUUAUUAACUCAUUGGCUGCCACUGACAGAGCUAGACGUCCUUUGAGUUUCGACAAUUAAAAAAAUAUCUAAAUUUUUUUUUUAAAUUCUGAUUCUUUAAAAAAAAUUUAAAUACAAAAUAUAUAUAUUUAAAUAAUAAGGGGUUGGAGGCGAAUCACUUAACUCAUUUGCUGAACCUAAACAGGAGCAUUUAAAGCCAAACUUCCCAGUUUAAAUGAAUUGGACGUCUAUUGUUGUCAAUGGCAGACAAUAAGUUCAUCAAAAGAGUCCUAUUUUCUAGUGUCCUUUGAUAGAUCUGACUUUUCAGUUUUUUAGCAAUCUUUUUACGUCUUUUUUUUACAUAUUGAGGUGUAAUUGUUCAUGUGUUGCUAUGUUGUAAACGUCCCAAAGUCAAUAAAGUAUGUCAAGUCCUACCAAGGUGGUCCGAUUUUUGCGCUAGUCGCUGUUGCCGUGGGGAACCGCAGCAGAUGUGUCGCCUAGCAACAGAGCCCUUCUGCAGCAAAUGUGGUCUCUGCAUCCCAUAAUGUUCGACCUCCCAAUAUUUCUGCUCAUAAACACUCCAAUUCACAUAAUUUACACAUCAGCAUAAUUUCAAAAAUUCAAGGUAAGCAAUAGUUAUUGGCCAGUUUUUGGUAAAACUGCUGCCACAAUUUGACAAAAAUGUGCCCAUACAUUUUCAAUGGUACAUAUAACAUUUAAAUUCACCUCUAUUGAUUUUCAGCUUCGGACCUGCAAACCCUGCAAAAAAAAAAAAGAAAAAUUCAUUGGUGGUCCAAAAUGAUCUAAUACAGAUCCAAAUGAUUGACAAAAAAAAAAAAAUUCUCGAGUUGCCCCAAAUCAGCAGAAAUUGAGCCAAAUGAUUGACAAAAAAUAUUUUUAAAAAGUUCCUCGAAUUGCCACAAAAUUAACAGGUGGUGAGCAAAAUAUACAGGAAGUAUAGUGGAAGUCACUCAUGGGAGAGAGCAUCCACAUGCAAUAUUUCCUGAAAUGGCAUUUUCUAGUGUUUUUAAAAAGAAAAAAAUUAUUGCCCUCUCCA